AAUAACUCUACCAUUCAGUUUUGAAUUGAAUUAUGUAGUUGUGCGGCCAUUUUAUUUAGGAUAAAGUGAAUGAAACAGGGACAUUAUCUGGUCUACAAUUAAGGUUGAUGGAGGUUUCUGAGCGGAAAGUCGACCCAGAAUUAACUGACGGUUCGGCUGAAUUGACGCCCCUCUGUGAGCCUUGCCGGGCCGACGGGAAGGAACUAGAGGCCCAUGGAUUCUGCAACAAUUGCAAUGAGUACAUGUGUCCGUCUUGCAUCAAAGUUCAUGGGAAACUGACGGCCACGAAACAUCACAAUGUUCUUGGCAAGCAGAAAAUGCCCACUUAUUAUACGGCACGUAAAAAGGCUCCAGACGUCUCGUGCUUGGAGCUUUGCAAAGACCAUCCACCGGAAGCAAUCAAGUUUUUCUGCCCAACACAUGCGCAGUUAUGUUGCGGGGAUUGCAUUGUCCUAGACCACAGGGCUUGCAAGAUCGAUUAUAUACCGAGAGUCGCGCCUUCUUUUACGGCAAGCAAUGAGUUCAAAGCCAUCGUCGAAAAGGUGGAAACGCUUGAGGUCGCUUGUACAAAUAGUGAGAGAAAUCUUGAAGCGCAUGAACAGUCUGUGCUGAAAUUAAAUAUGAUCGAGAUAAAGAAAAUACAAGCUUUUAGGGUGGAAAUCAACGAAUAUCUUGACAAACAAGAAAAGGCUCUUAUCAAAUUCAUGGACGAUGCGAAAAACAAAGACACAGACUGUAUACGGGGAUGGCGCGAAGAUAUAAACGCUGCGAAAUUAACUCUAGCUGAGACGAAAUCUAGGCUCAAAGAUCAAAACAAUACUGCUUCCAACAUCUAUAUAGCAGCCAAACAUGCAGAUAAUCUGUUAAACGACAUUCAAACAAUGAUUAUGAAAGCUAAGACGGAAAACCUAUUGACGGGUUACAAGUUUUGUCGAGAUAAGAAGACUGAAGAGCUGCUGUCCUGGAACGACGCGCUAGGGAGAGUUGAUGAGAGUAAGACCGAUGUACGGCCAGAUUCUGAAUUAUUCGAGAUUGAUCCAGAACUAACAAUUGGUGACCUAAAGGGGUUCUAUCCUGUCAAAUCACUGAAACUGCAAUGUGUAACUGUAACACCAGAUGAAACGAGCAGUACCAAAGAGGUACCAAUAGCCACCGCUUUGAAUGCCUUCAAUAUUCUUCUGGCUGGCACGAAGGUUCAUCCUGUUAAGAAAACCUGUCACAACAGAAAAGAUGAACUUUACAAUGACGUUGUAGAGAUGUGUGUGUCAAGAGACCUUAAACUACACAAAAGCGCUGUCAAAGAUGAAGGCUCAUACAUCAUCCAGGUAUUGACCAACGCUUUAUGGUAUAUCACCAACCAGCAUCAGACCAUAAAUGAUACGUCAUUACGCUUCAAAGAUGUUGUUCCUGUGCCCGAGCCAUUUGAGAAGUUCCAAGGUUACAACGAAUUCAAGAGAAAGAAGUUGAAAGCCCAACCAUUGACCCAAGACGGUCUACACUCACAUUCAGAAGCUUUGUUUAGCCUCUUAAACAGACCAAUAUUUUCAAGUAGCUGGUUUGAGUUUAAGGCUGUUGUAGAAGCGUUAGCUACUUGUCUUUGUAGAUACAAGGAAUAUCUUCAGAAACAGCUGACUUCUCAAUCUGAAAGGCAGUCUGCUGACCACCCUCCUAGAACAGUAGGGUCUGAUAUUUCAAUCGAACAUCGUGCCAAAUCUGUAUUCGUUAAGGAAAAAUAUCUUGUAUUUGAUCAAGCUGUUGCCCAGUGCCCAGAUACUAAUGUUCCCAUUUUCUUUGAUGAAAAAACACACUUGUCAACACCGUUUCAAAAGAACCAACAGAGAGCUAGAUUCUUUGCAGAAAUGUCCCUGUCUGUCGACAUUGAUUUGUACAAGUAUUGUCCCGGGGGGAGUUCUGUGUCUGUAGUGUUUGUUGCUAAAACAAUCAAAAAUCGUUCUUCUGAAGAGUAUUUAGUAGACCCUAUUCGAGUAGUGUCACAAGUCCAAAAUAAGCUCCCAGAGUUUCACGCAAGAUAUCAAAAAAGAUAUUUCAAACAGAAAUUGAGCAAUAUAGCAACUCUCAAACCAAGUGUGGUUGACUUCAUAUAUAAAGAGUUGGCCCUUGAUGCAAGUCAGGUAAGUAACCCAGAAAUGGAACAGAGGCUGCGGCUUAUUGCCCUUGGUGAAACGGGACUGAUUGCAGACCUCAGGGAUAUGAAUUUUGGCAGACCAUCAGAUAAGUUUGAUGAUUUUUUUACUGUUCUAAAUGAAGUAGUUGAGUCAUACACUGCAGUUGAUGAUCGCCGGCACAGUGGCCUUCACCUUAGUCAGUGGAUCAAUCUGGAAGAGAUGAUUGUUGAGGCAGCCGACAAGUGUCCUGAGGGAACGCUUGUCCCUUCAAAAAGUCUGGUAAGGUUACAGUUCCAGCCACGAAAUCCAUAUGCACAUGCAGCACUGAACUUCACUAGUAAAAUACCUGUUCAGUACAAAAUCCAAAGGAGGCAGUUAAGAUUAGCUCACCAGGACCAGCACUUUUGUGCUGCAAUGUACAAGUACAUGAAGAGUAAAGCCAUAGAGCUUGGUAAGUAUGGCAUGCUUGUUUGUUCAGAUGACAAGGCCAAGGUGCCUGUUGGCAAUCCUGGAUUACCCAUUUCCACCGGUGUGAGAGGCAAACAAACCAUUACCCCUGCAUCAAUGGAAAAUGUAGCCGCUGAUCAUGAUAUGCAUUGCAGUAGUCUAACACCAUCCGUGUAUUUAGUCAAUGAUGUUCCUGACAGUACUGACAAGUCGUUUGUGUCUGGCACUGUGCAUGUCAAUAAUUCAGUUUUCCAUACAUCUAGUGCUUUUCGUCAUUCUGCAUUGUUGACAAAAGUACUGUCACAAGGUCCAACGCCUAAGGUGCUUUUGAGAUACACAGACGGUGGCACUGACCAAAGGAACAAUUUGGUAAGUGUUCAGUGUGCCAACAUUGGUCUUUUCAGCAAGCUGGAUCUGGACAUGUUGAUAUUGGCCAGGUGUGCACCAGGCAACAGCUGGUGCAACCCAGCAGAACGCAUAAUGAGCAUUCUCAACUUGGGUUUGCAAAACUGUGCCCUGGAGCGAGCUGAUGAUGACGGGGUGUUCAAAAGCUGUAGCAGCAUGAACAGCAUAAGAGAGUUGGUAGGUAAAAAGCCAGAACUCAAAGACAAAUGGGUCUCUUCAGUCGAGCCUAUUCAAAGGGUUGUACAAAAUAGAUUCUCAAGACUGUCACUGAAGGGCAACUCAUUUAAAGUAGAGGAUCCCGUAAGUGAUGAUGACAUUGACUUGUUCAAGAGACAUCUAGCAGGUAUGUUCCCUGAUCUUGAUUUGAGCAAACUUCAGAAAAAACACACCCAGUCAGUAGAAUCCUUUCAAACAUGGUUUGACCAACACACUCGACAAAGACAAUACUCUUUCCAAAUUCGAAAGUGUGGGGAUCCUGCCUGUUGUACAGCAGUAAGUACACCUCAGGAACUUCUUGAAUGGCUACCAGAUCCUGUUUUUCGAGAUGAAAGUAAGGAACAUUACAAGUCGUAUGCCGAAGUAAAGGGGCAGGAUACAAACGACCAUGACAGGCCAAGUUAUACCGCACCCACAGCUAAAGGUAAUUGUAACGUUGUAGGGGUUACAGCUCUUAAAAAGAAUUCAGCCACAGCUUUCUCAAAGACGGAUGUCGAUGCCUCGAUAUUCACAGCACAAAAUGCAAGGUACUCUGUAGAGUGUGUAGAGUGUACAAAGCCUAGAGUUCUAUAUGCUAAAAGCAAGCUCACGGAAAGGCAGCAAAUGCAGCUUAUUACUUUGCUUUCAGAGGAUGAAUAUACAUGUGGCUCAUUCAUUACUGUGCCCAAUAGCUUUCUACACAACAAAGUCCAUGUCAGGCUUGGUAUUACAUGUGAGACUUCAGCAGAGCUUGCAUUCUACAGAUCAGAUUUUGCCAAGGCUGAUCUGUGUUGCUUUUGUGCAUCAGAUAAUGCAAAAGUUGAUGCAGAGUUGAAAAAGCGAUUCAAAACUGUGCUGCCUACCUGUGAAACUUGCAUUGAGAAGGGACUCGAACUAAUUCAUGCCCGUCCAUUUGGUGCCAAAAAGUAUCUGUCAAAGUACGAUUCCAGCGUAUUCAAAAAACCUCAGCGCCUAAUUAUCACUAAAGAGUACAAUAUCCUUGAAGUCUGCCAUGAUGUCCUUGACGAGAUAUCCCGCAUAGACGAGCCGUGUGUUAUCGUGGCAAUUGCGGGUCUGUUUAGAACAGGGAAAUCAUAUUUGAUGAAUCUUCUCGCUGACUCACAAACAGGUUUUGCAAUCGGCAACUCAAUAGGCUCAACGACGAAAGGCAUCUGGGUUUGGUGUAAAGAUCAUCCGACACAAAAGGACACUGUGCUUAUGCUUCUGGACACGGAAGGAUCAGGAGACUUUGAACAGGACCCAAACCACGACAACCGCAUUUUCACACUUGCUACGUUGCUGUGCAGCACACUAGUGUACAACAUGAAGGGAGUGUUUGACCAGGAUGGUGUCAACAAACUCAAAUAUGUUUCUGAAAUAUCGAAAAACAUCAAAUAUGGCGGAAUAUGUGAUGAGGGAAACAGUCUUUUGCAAUGCGUUUUUCCCGGGUUUGUGAUUGCUUUGAGAGAUCUUUCAUUGAAAUUGACCAGACAUGGUAGGAAUAUAACAUCAGACGAGUAUCUUGAAAACUGUUUGGAAAGUAAAACAGAAAAAGGUGUUUCUUUCAACAAACCCCGUGAAUGCAUCCGGAAAUUAUUUCCUCAGGACAAACGGAGAUGUUUUUUGUUCCCUGUCCCUGGCGAUGGUGACGUUUUGAAAAACAUGGGAAGCCUUAGAUUACAAGAUCUUUCUACGAGAUUUCAGACCGUUGCAGCAACGUUUGUGUCAUAUAUCUACAGCCAGGGUCCAAAACAAUUGCAAGCGAACAAACCAGUCAAUGGAUCCAUGUUUGCCAGUUUAACCAGAUCAUAUGUGGAAGAUCUUGCAAAGGGAGCUGUGGUUGAUGUUGACUCUGCAUUUAAACGAUUGAAAUGAAGGAUUAAACGUGAUCCAAACUUUUCGCAACAUUGCACGGGAAAAACUGAAGACAAAAAGAGGAAGCGCAUAGAAAACUUUGUGAGAAGCAUAAACGUGAACAAGAUAUUCCGGAAGGAAGUGGAAUGACCAGAAUGGUUUGAUUAAAAAAACACGUUAUUUGAAACCUUAUCUUAGAACUGGCUUGGCAGCGUAGAUUAUGAUUUGUCUAAUUGUAGUUCAACUGUUGAAUACCAUUAUCCAUGAAUACAUGAGGAUAAAAUCGUAAAAUCGUUAAUACAUGAUGUCGUGUAUUUGCGACGUUGAAACAGUAAAUCCAUGAAGUUCAAAUUGUUCUUUUCGUGAUAUAAAAAAAAGUAUUUUAUAAACUUUAAAAUUUGUGACGUUGAGAAUGUGAAUUUGUGAAAAUGUUUAUUCGUGAAGAUAAAUUAAAUGUUAAAUUCGAGAAAUCAAGAAUAUGUGUAGCUGAAAGCGCGACUUCGUAAAUUAAAUUUCGUGAAUGUAUGACAUUGAAAUUUCACAAUCAUUAUGUUGAAAUCCUAAUUUUCUAAAGUUCAUAUCGUGAAAUCUUGAAGUUGAAAUCUCACUUUGGAUCUUUUGUAGCAAACUGCUUUUAGAAAAGGUCCGUAAGUCGACCAAAGUUGUGUUUUUUAAUAUAUCAAUAUUAAAAAAGACAUAAAACACAUUCAUUUUCAAUGUCGUUAAAGAUAAUCAAUAACAAUGGCAUGGUUUAUAUGUUCUCUUACGUAUACAUGUGUAUGUUUAACCACCAAAAACAAGUUUGAAGGUGUAUACAUUCGUCAAUAUGUAUAUGUUCAGUUGGGCAAUUUGUUGCAAAACUUUCGAGGAACGAACUUACAACUCACGACCAUUAGUAUAAACAUUAUGUUCAAAGGUAUUCAACUUCUAAACAAUAUCCCCUCGAUCCAUAUCUACUCUUUAUUUCCAUUUUUCAGUGAUUUUAUAUAUAGAGUAAUGUGAAGAGUAAUGAAAUAUAAAUAUAGCAUAGCGUUUCAAUAUGAAUUCAUAUAUACACACACAAGUCAUAUAAUUAUCAAAAGCAUCAACAAUUCAUUAUAUUUAGCGACGCUGCAAUUUCAUCAACAGUUAAAAAAACAAAUUCACCAAUUUUUAUCCAAACCUCGAAAUAUAAGCCAUAUUCCAGGCUUCAGAAGUUGGUGUAUUUUAGAAGCGCAUUAUUCAUGAAUUGUUUUGUCAAUUCUGAGUCAAAAUGGAACGAAGUAUGAGUCUCUGCUUAAAAUCAUCAGCGAAAUAAAAAUCUCAUUUCCAGAUAUUCUCAAAUAACUUAAAGAAAUAGGAUAGAACAAAGUUUAUUAAAAAGUUUUUCUCUUCGUGCCAUUACAGUUAACAAAAAGGCGUUUAGCCAAAUUAGAGGCAUGAACUUCAUAAAUUUUCCAAAUGGAGGAUUAGAAGUACAAUGCGAUUAAAACAUUUACCGAGCUAAUUGCGUGUAUACCCUCAUCUCUACUGGUAGCGCACAACUAAAGGUGCAAUGAUAUCGUGAACGGCAAGAAAUUGUGUAAAGUGUAUAUCAAACUGUGUUCUGGCUUUCUACGCAUUUGUAUGAAACUUGUUCAGGUUAAAAAUCUUCUUUUUUUCUCUGGCUAUAUUACCUUGGGAAUAUAUUCCAGCAAGAAGUUGAUGGUGUCAUAACUUUGUAUGAAUCCCCCUUGAUGCUCGUAUCCUCUCAACAUAAAUAGGAGUACAUUCUAAUUAAAUAGUAUUCGCGUAUAAAGGUUCUCAAAGUAGAGUGCAAAACUUUUGUGGAAAGGUAAGUUUGCGCUCAGACAAUAGUACACUGGCUAAAAUAAACAUAACGUUUUCAGAAAUAAAAAACCGCUGUGGAAGUAGUUCGUUCCUCAAAAAUAAUUCAUAUGUCCAUACAGAGCCGUUAACGACAUGUUUAUAUUCUUCUUCGGGGUUUUAAAUCGUUAUAUAACGUCGUUAAUUAAGGUUUUACCAUUGUAUUUAUUCAAACGGUGAUAUUAAAGGACUGCACCGUGUGUUUCAAAAAUUCAAUUAAAAUCCUCGUUCUAAAUAGCGUGUUUUUGCUCCAAAAAUGCAAUAAUAUCAAGUCUGAACUUAAAAUGUACUGCAUUUUAUAAGCAGUGUACCUUUAGAAUCUUUGAUUUUUUAAUGGAGAAAAGCACAUUUAAAAUUACAAAAUAUAAAGUGCAAACUUUGUUAUGUUUACAUGUUUUAUUUACUGAAUUGUUAUGAAAUCUUGUUUUAGAAAUUGUAACCUAGAUAGUAUGUUAUUGUUUUAGAAUGUAUUUUACAUACGCUGGAACGCAUUUACUUGUACACUGACUAACACUAAAAAGGAGUGAAAUUUGGAGCUUUUUUCUUUUGCUCUUUGUAUUUGGUUACAAAAAACAUAUGAAAGAAAAACAUAACAUGAUGAAAAUUUAGAGCUCCUUUUCUUUAGAAUGACCCCAAGUUAACAGAAAUGACAUUCAACAUAAAGAAAAAAACUUUAACCCGAUAAACACAUAUGAAACAACAACCCUCAUAGAUAUUUGAUGCAAAGCUCAUAUUUUUAUAUAGAAAAUAUAAUACCAUAGAUAAAUGAAAUCCCUUUAUUCAGACAGAAUAAAUAGGCCGUACGACUACAAUUCAUGUAAUACGACCUUGUAGAUUGAUUUAACAACCUUUUUUUUAUAACCAAUAAAAUCCCACCUUUUUUAUCGAUAACAUUUUAUAACGAUUUCCAAGCCGUUUUCCAAUAAGAACUGAUAAUACACUAAUAUUUGAAAAUCCAAACAUCCGAGAAAGAUGCUUUUCAAUUAACAAAGUUUGGUAUGUUCUUCAGUUUUCUUAUCCGUAAGUUUAAAAAAGGUUUCUUGAUUGAAAAAAAAUAUAAAAGAAACUCCGGGUCAUAAUUCAGUUGGGUCAUAAUUCGUUAAAGUUGCGCAUUUGUUUCCGACAAAUAAAAUCACGUCGUCUUCAGUUUCACAAGAAGUUUUCGUUCAUCUGCAUGUUUGUCCGGCAAAUCCUCCGCACGCGUUUGUAUUGGAGUUGUCGUAAGGCCAAGAUCAAUAUCGACACACCCAUUAGAUCAGCUUUAUAUAAGUAACAAUAGUGGCGAUGUGUUUUAUUUGUCGAAUACAAAUGAUCAUCUAAUAUGUUAAAUUGUUAUAUAUAGUUUAGGCGCUCCGGUGCAUAGUCAGUUGUCCUGUACAAUUAAAAUUGCUUUAGCAUUCCUUGUUGCUUGAAUGGUGUGUUUAGAAUUAAAUGUAUUUCUAUUGAAUCAUCUUAUAUUUUUAAACUGUUUUGGUGUUGGUUCAUGUUAUUGUUAGUUUUUUUAUUAUAAGUAUAAGUUAGCUGAGGGUAAAUGUCAUAUACGUAAUAUAAAUAUGUUUUUUAUGUGAACAUACAAUUAUAUAUGCAUUGUACAAAUAUUUUUUUUUAUUAUUUUUAAUUAUGAAAUGUAAUCUUAAAACUGUAGGUUUCUUUCUUAUAUAAACGUUAUCCCGUCAGCCGAUGAAUUCACAUUAAAUAUCAAUCAAUUUGGAUACGCAUUUGUAUAGUUUUUUUUUUUUUUUCAAUUGUUUAAUUUGGUAAGAACUUAUAUUGCCCACCGAGGUUAGGCUGAAUCUAAAUUCAGCGUCAGGUAGCGUCAGUUUAAGUAGAUAAUCAUGUACAAAUCUUAUUGGUUUAAAAGUUUGUUAGAACAUGUAGAGGGUUAAUGAGAAAUGUAUUAUUAUUUAGUAUCUGCCUUUUUUAAGAUUUUUAGUCGUACAAUUUGCAUCUGUACAUAGCGUUCCUUUUACCAUAACAUGUUUGUUCCAUACAUACUUACAGAAACGUCAAUGUCGUCGUUUAAAAACUAAAAUACCAACCUGGCAGAACACAACCACAAUAUAUUUUGGAUCAUUGAAACAAUAUAGGUUUAACACACUGUUAUGUGUGUGUGUUUGUUUGUUCUUAUAAAGACCAAAAUUAAUAGCAUAUAUUGUAAUUGAUACUGGUAAGAAAGGUCAACAUUUCUGAAAAUGGUUUGUGUUCUUUUAUAUUGCCCAUGGCUUAAGCAAGACGGGGCAGUUAUGAUUAGUAAUUAGAAGUAAAGAUUUGUUUUUUCAAAGAUAUUCGACGAUUUUGGCGCUUCUUAUUAUUUUUGUGUGUGAGUUACUGUUGUUAUUACCUUUCAUGUUUAUCCAAGCUUGUGUUUUAUUACUGCUGUGAGUAUUAAAAAACGACCCUAUUUGA